CAAAAGAGUCGUGGUUGCACUACGGUGAUGCACUUUGCACGGCAGGCACUAGGGCCGACUGAUUUGUGGCUUUCACCUGGCCUCCUCCAGGUUGGCCACAGGCUAUGUUAGCAGGUGUCACACCAUGCUUCUGCCAAGUUUCUGAUUGAGGAGUGACAUCCCUGCAUAAGCAUUUCCCUGUUAAAAUGUCCUUGCCUCUCACAGAGCAGCAGAGGAAAAAAAUCGAAGAGAAUCGACAAAAGGCCCUGGCCCGUAGAGCUGAGAAAUUAUUAGUGGAACAGCAUCAGAGCGCGGGUUCUGGCUCCUCCAUUGCCACCAACUCUUCUGGGUGGAAGCAGGGCCCGCCCCCCAGCCUUCCCAGGGAGCCUCCUAAGCCAGCGAGCCAUGGUGUCCUUUUUAAGCAACAGAAUCUCAGCAGUUCAUCCACCAGUGACCAAAGACCCCCUAAUCCCCACCAUUUUCAUCUAGACACGCCACAGCAGGCAAAGGGGAGCGGGAAGAUGCAAGAAGAUGCACCCACAGCCUGCCUGAGCCAUGGCCCACCGACUCAAAUGACUGCCACCACGGUCUCUCCUCCGUUGGCACAAAGUCCUCCAGAGGUCCGCACCCAACAGCUGCUGUGUUAUCGGUUAGGUCAGGCUCAUCCUCAGGCUUCACACAAGACCAAAUCCCCACCCUUUGCUAACAUAACUCAUGAGCCUUUGGCCAAAGCAAAGGGUUUCCAGAAGACACCAGCUUCUUCCUUUGGACAACCACAUGAGGACCCUGGAUUAGACGCCGAGGCAGUGAGGCCCUCCACCUCGGGGCAGAACAUAUCUGACAGCCACUGUGGUUCAGGGAGCGUGACACCCGGGACGGAAGGAAGGCUUCCAACACAGAUACCAGGGGCCUCGCUCCACAAAGCAGCAAGCAUGCAUAAGGGAACGUGCAUAAGGAAUGGGGAGCGCUUCCAGGUGAAGAUCGGGUACAAUGCACAGCUCAUCGCAGUCUUCAAGAGUCUGCCCAGCAGAAGAUACGAUCCUGCCACCAAGACGUGGAACUUCAGCAUGACCGACUACAGGGCACUGAUGGAAGCAGCCCAGUGCCUCCCCUCCGUCACCCUGCAGCCUCUGGAAGAGACUGAGGACAGCAUGGAGUCCCCCUCCGCUGGUGGUGUGGCCCAGACCCGCCUGCCCCCAGCUCCCUCCCUUGCCUUUGUCAAAGGGCAAUGCACGCUCAUCUCCCGGGCCCGCUUCGAGGCAGACAUCAGCUACUCUGAACCUUUGAUUGCACUGUUUAAGCAGAUGGAUUCCAAAAGUUACGAUGCCAAGACCAGGAAGUGGAACUUUCUCCUGGAAGAGCACAAUAAACUAAUUGCACAUGUGCGCCAGCUUCCCGAAGUUCAGCUGGAUCCUCUGCCCAAGACGCUCACCCUGGCGUUUGCUUCACAGCUGGAGAAGACGUCUCCCUGUGUCCCACAAGCCAUCCCCGAGGCAGACCUUUCUGGAGUGGACCCCAAGCUCGUGUCCAGUCUGCUGCCCUUCCAGAGAGCAGGAGUCAAUUUUGCCAUCGCGAAAAGAGGCCGCCUGCUGCUCGCUGACGACAUGGGCCUGGGGAAGACCAUCCAAGCCAUCUGCAUCGCGGCCUUUUACCAGAAGGAGUGGCCGCUCCUAGUGGUGGUGCCGUCCUCUGUGCGCUUCACGUGGGAGCAGGCCUUCCUCCGGUGGCUGCCGUCUCUGAGCUCAGACUGCAUCAAUGUCGUGGUAACCGGCAAGGACCGCCUGACGGCUGGCUUGGUCAACAUUGUCAGCUUUGACCUUCUGAGCAAGUUGGAAAAACAGCUAAAAACCCCUUUUAAAGUUGUCAUCAUUGAUGAGUCUCACUUCCUCAAGAACUUGAAGACAGCCCGCUGUCGUGCAGCUAUGCCCAUCCUCAAGGUUGCCAAGAGGGUGAUCCUACUGUCUGGCACGCCAGCCAUGUCCCGGCCUGCAGAGCUCUACACCCAGAUCAUCGGGGUCAGGCCAACUUUCUUCCCUCAGUUUCAUGCAUUUGGACUUCGCUACUGUGAUGCCAAGCGGCAGCCAUGGGGAUGGGAUUAUUCAGGUUCCUCCAACCUCAGAGAGCUGAAACUCCUGCUGGAGGAGGCGGUCAUGCUGCGACGCCUCAAGAGUGAUGUCCUUACCCAGCUCCCAGCCAAGCAGCGCAAGAUGGUAGUCAUUGCCCCAGGCCGGAUCAGUACCAAGGCCAGAGCUGCCCUGGAUGCCGCCGCCAAGGAAAUGACCACCAACGAGAAAACUAAGUGGCAGCAAAAAGAAGCUCUCCUUCUCUUCUUCAACAAAACAGCUGAAGCGAAAAUCCCGUGUAUCAUUGAAUAUGUCCUGGACCUACUGGAAAGUGGAAGAGAGAAGUUUCUAGUAUUCGCACACCAUAAAGUGGUUCUGGAUGCACUUACUAAAGAGCUUGAGAGAAAGCGCGUGCCGAUCAUCCGCAUCGACGGCUCCACGUCCUCAGCAGACCGCGACAGCCUGUGCCAGCAGUUCCAGCUCUUCGAGAACCACGCCGUGGCCGUGCUCUCCAUCACUGCUGCCAACAUGGGCCUCACCUUCUCCUCGGCUGACCUGGUGGUGUUCGCCGAGCUGUUCUGGAAUCCAGGGGUGCUGCUCCAGGCUGAGGACCGGGUGCACCGAAUCGGACAGUCGAGCUCCGUGAGCAUCCACUACCUCGUGGCGAAAGGCACAGCUGACGAUUACCUCUGGCCCAUGAUUCAAGAGAAGAUUAAAGUUCUGGGUGAAGCCGGACUUUCUGAGACCAAUUUUUCAGAAGUGACAGAAGCCACUGAUUAUUUCCACAAGGACCCAAAGCAGCAGCAGAUCUAUGACUUCUUCCAGAAGUCCUUUGAGGAAGACGGAAGCGACAAGGAGCUCCUGGAGGCUGCGGAAUCCUUUGACCCAGGAAGUGGUUCCCAGGACCUGGGAGGCACGCUGGACGAAAGCACGUUAACGGGCAGCCCCCAGAAGAAAAGGAGAUUUGAAUUUUUUGAUAAUUUUGACAGCUUUACCUCUCCCCUGUAAGAGGGGCCAAAAAAUAAAAGCAUUUAAAAAUCAUGGAAUUCAUUAAAAUA